AUGUCUCCCAAAGACGGCAAGGCGUCCAAAUUCUCCCACCUCCCCCUCAGCACCUCCGGCCCCAUCCCCUGCGCCGUCACCGGCGCCGCCCUCCUCAACACGCCCUACCUGAACAAGGGCACCGCAUUCCCUCACAAUGAGCGCCGCGAGUUCAACCUCACCGGCCUGCUUCCGCAGAGCAUCCACACGCUCGAUCAGCAGUUGAAGAGGGCCUACCAGCAGUACUCCACCCGCCAGGACGACCUGGCCAAGAACACCUUCCUGACGUCGCUGAAGGAGCAAAAUGAGAUUCUGUAUUUCCGGUUGCUGCAAGAUCACCUCCCCGAGAUGUUCAGCAUCGUCUACACGCCCACGGAAGGUGACGCCAUCCAGAACUUUUCGAGACUCUUCCGGCGGCCGGACGGCUGCUUUCUGAACAUCAACGACGUGGAUCGGGUGUAUCACGACCUGGCGCAGUGGGGACAGCCGGAGGAUAUUGAUUACAUCGUCGUCACCGACGGCGAGGAGAUCCUCGGAAUCGGAGACCAAGGCGUCGGCGGCGUCCUCAUCUCCGUCGCCAAACUCGUCCUCACGACGCUCUGCGCGGGCAUCCACCCCAACCGCACCCUCCCCGUCGUGCUCGACUGCGGGACCGACAACGAGGAGCUGCUGAACGACGACCUCUACCUGGGUCUCCGACAGAAGCGCGUCAGGGGCCACAAGUACGACCGCUUCGUCGACGAGUUCGUCAAGGCCGCGAGGAGACUUUAUCCCAGGGCGUACAUCCACUUUGAGGAUUUCGGGCUCACGAAUGCGAGGAGGAUUCUGGACCAGUAUCGUCCCCACAUCCCAUGUUUCAACGACGAUGUCCAGGGCACCGGGUGCGUCACGCUGGCGGCUAUCAUGGCUGCUCUGCACGUCACCAAGCAGAAGCUGUCUGACCUGAGAUUGGUCGUUUUCGGGGCCGGUUCUGCGGGUGUUGGGAUCGCGGACCAAGUGAGGGAUGCGAUUGCGGCGGAAGGGGGGAUCAGCAAAGAGGAUGCUGCGAAGCAGAUCUGGUUGAUCGACAAGCCCGGACUAUUGACCACCAAGUCUGAAGUCUCUACCGCGCAGAAAGGUUUCGCGCGAGAUGAGUCGGAAUGGAAAGAUAAGGACAACGACCUACUAUCCGUCAUCAAGAGCGUCAAGCCCAACGUCCUCAUCGGGACAUCCACCAAACCCAAAGCCUUUACCGAGGAGAUCGUCAAGGCCAUGGCGGAGGGCGUCGAGAGGCCCAUCAUCCUGCCCCUCAGCAACCCCACGCGCCUGCACGAAGCAGUACCCGAGGACAUCUACAAGUGGACCGACGGCAAGGCUCUUGUCGCGACAGGAUCCCCCUUCAAGCCCGUCAAAGGACCCUGGGGAUCCGACGGCAAAGAGAUCGAGAUCGAGGUGGCCGAGUGCAACAACUCCGUCGUCUUCCCGGGCAUCGGGCUCGGGUCCGUCCUUUCGAGGGCGAGACUAGUCACGGACAAGAUGCUCGUCGCGGCGGUCGAAGGCGUCGCGAGCCUGAGUCCCGCGCUGAAGGACCAGACGGCGCCGUUGCUGCCCGGGGUGGACGUCGUGAGGGAUGUCAGUGUGCGGGUCGCGAGGAACGUGAUCAAGGCUGCUGUGGAAGAGGGCGUGGCGACGGAGGAGGGGAUUCCUAAGGACGACGAGGAGCUGGAUGAGUGGAUUCGCGAGCAGAUGUGGACGGCUGAGUACAGGCCGUUGAAGCUUGUUGAGUUUGAGGGGGCGAGUCGGGAGGCGAAGGGGGAGAUGGGGGUUGCGGGUAGUGUUAGCAAGGUCGGGAGUUGGUAG